UAUAAACAUUUUCUGUAUUUGCUUUACAACGCUCCACAUUUUCAACGUUUCUGAGUUGCUGAGGCGCCGUCAGCGUUGCGCGCGUGCUCAGCGCCACCGAACUGUCUUUCCCCUCAGCUCGAGACACCUGCAGAUAGCACUUAGCUAACACUGGUUUGUUUGUCCUAACGGGUUUGUGUUUUAGGUCGAAAGAUGGAAUGUGUUUCAAUAUCUGACUUGAGCCCGAAUAUCACCCGGCCGAAUGUGGUUGGGAUUAUCAUUGGAAAAACUGAUGCAAGAGGAUUCCCUGACAGGAAAAAUAUUGGUUCAGAGCGAUUUACUUUCAGCUUUACAAUUAAAGACUCACCAGAACAUUUAAUUAAUGUGUCUUCAUGGGGCACUGAAGGAUACAUUCAAGGGCUUUCCAGUCAUAUCAAAAUAGGAGACUGUGUUGUCAUUGAAAAUCCUCUUGUUGCUACUAAAGAUCCAGAAAAAGAGGACCGAUUCUGUCCUUUAACCCCAAGUUUAUACAGAUUGUUGGUGACCGAAGCGCACUCAGCCAUAAGAAUUUGUACAGAUUUAGACACAGAGAGCAGAUUACUUUCUCUGUUCCACAUACCAGUGAAGGACUCAGGGGACUUCUACUCACUGGGAGACAUUACUGCAAAUGGACAAAGCCUAGAUGGAAAUUUCAUUAAUAUUCUAGCUGCUGUCCGAUUGAUUGGAGAGCCAAAGUACUUCACUACUUCAGAUGGACGAAAAGGGCAGAAGCUAGAGAUUAAACUGUUUGAUGAAACUUUGAUGUCCUUCCCUUUUAUAUGCUGGGAUCGAGAAACAAUUCAGUUUGUGCAGACCUUGCCACCACGAGAGACAGUGCUUUUCAUAGUUGAUGCUCGAAUCAGCUUUGAUACUUUCCGUAACUGUAUGGUGGCAACAGCUACCUCAAAAACAAUCAUUACUAUUAACCCUGAUACAUUAGAAGCCAACCAGCUCUUUUCUUAUGCCAAGGAAUUAUCAGAAAGUGAACAGCUAGAAGAGCCAGAGAUAGAAGUGAAUAUUAAUGUUCCCUUGGACUCCAUUAAUGAUAUAUUGACAGUAAGUCAAGUUAAAGACAGAGCGAAGAAAAGCUCUGAUGCCUUUUACGGUGUGAUAUAUGGGUUCAUCACCACUUUAGGAUUAGAUUCCUGCAUUACUAAAGUAAUUCGCAGCAGGUGUGACAGAUGCAAAUAUCUUGUCCGUGAGGAGAUGGAGGUCUGCACUUAUGUAGCCUGUCCAAAACAAGGACAAGCAGGUGAAGUUAGUGCUGCCUUUGAUCUGCUGGUGGAUGUUGCUGAUCACACAGGAACUCUGCAGGGCUGCAACCUGUCAGGCAUGGUUGCUGAACAAACUCUGGGAUGUACUUCCAAGGAAUUUGUAUGUCUCUCUGAGUCUAACCGGACAGCCAUGAAGUGGAGGUUUCUUCUGGAAAGAUGCAAAAUUUAUGUUAAGGUGUUACCAUCAGCAAAAAGCAAAAGUGGCAUGAGAACAAGCAUCCUUUCUUGCACCCUUGCCGAUCCGGUGGAAGUCAAGCAAAACAUGUCUACCCUGACUAGCUAAAUGCUAGCUGGCUCAGCAGCUGUUACAAUCAGUUCACACAGGAUAUUAGAUAUAAUAGUGUUACCCUUAGAUGAAGCAGUCAUGCAAGCUUAAUAUAUCAAACGUGUAUUCUUGACGUUGGAAAUU